AUGGGGGUACAGUCUGCAGACGUGUGCAGCGCAGCCAAAAUGAUGCAGCAAGUGGUUGCUGCAGUUGCCACUCUGUUCUCUGUGGCUUAUUCGGGGUAUUUUUUAACCCACUUGGCACGGCACCUCACGCGUGGAUCCCGAGCAGCUCCUCCUUCGGGCACCAAAGCAGCAUCAGCACCUCCUCUGGCUCCCUCUGCUUGCAAAGAGGAGGCCAAAGAGGAGGAAGAGAGCAGUGAACUUCCCGCUGUUCUGGGAGACGAGGGCGAACACCCCGCGCUUUGGGAAUACAACGGCGAGGCUCCCGCGGUGUGUGACAAGGACAGUGGACAUCUCCCGGUGUGGGACGAGGAUGGUGGACAUCCUGUGGCUUGGGAAGAGGAGGGAUCCUGGGCUGAACAUUCUGACAGCAGCACAGCCCUGCAGCCAGAGGGGAGCGGGGAGUGGAGCCUGAUGCAGCUGAGGAACACCGUGAGCGUGGGGGAGCCUGCCGAGAAAUACCUGGAACUGGAGCAGAUUGGCCAAGGGGCUUUUGGAACCGUUUCCAAAGGACUCGACAGGGCCACUGGAGGAGAGGUGGCCAUCAAGAAAAUGAGUCUGAGAGGGCAGAACAGGGAACGAGCUGUGAAUGAGGUCGUGGUCCUGAAGGACAAGAAGAACCCCAACAUUGUCAAUUCUUUGGACAGCUUCCUUGUUGAUGGAGAUCUCUGGCUGGUGAUGGAAUACAUGGAUGGAGGAACUUUGCAGGACGUUGUCAGACAGACACGCAUGGCUGAAGGAGAGAUGGCAGCUGUCAGUCAGGAGUGUCUGCAGGGCCUGGAUUUCCUCCAUUCCAUCCGGGUGAUCCACAGAGAUCUGAAGAGCUCCAACAUCCUUCUGGGAAUGGACGGCUCUGUCAAGCUGGCUGAUUUUGGCCUCUGCGCUCAGCUCAGCCCUGAGCAGGACCAGUGCAGCUCCAUGGUGGGCACUGCUCACUGGAUGGCCCCAGAAGUUGUGACCAGUUCUCCUUACGGCCCCAAGGUGGACAUCUGGUCCUUUGGCAUUGUGACCAUCGAGAUGGUGGAAGGAGAACCUCCUUACUUCCAGCAAACGGGGGCCAUGGCUCGCGCUCUGAUCCGGCAGAACGGGACCCCGCAGCUGCAGGAGCCCAGGCGCCUGUCGGCUCUGCUGCGGGACUUCCUCGAGUGCAGCCUGGAGCCGGACGAGGAGCGGCGCUACUCUGCCCAGGAGCUGCUGCAGCACCCAUUUUUGUCAUCAGCCAAGCCUCUCUCCAGCCUGACCCCUCUGAUCACUGCAGCAAAGCAACUGAGGGAGCAGCAGAGGAGGAGAUGAAGCACAGGAGGCCAGCCUUUUGUUAUAGUAGUUAGAACAAGUAGUUAGUUAUGGUAGUUAGCACUGUGAGUUAGUUAGGGUAGUUAGGACAGCCUGUUUGUUAUGGCAGUUAUUUGAAUAAAAUCUCUGUUAAAGCUCAAGUCCCUUGAGGUGUCCUGUCCUUCUCCCGCUGUGACUCAGCUGCCCGGAGCACUGCGAGGGGAGAGCGGGCCCAGCCUCGCCCAGAGCUGAGCCCCAGCAGAGCCUGGCAGAGCCCAGAGCAGCCUCGGCAUCUGCAGAGUCAGCCUGGAAGGAGGCGCUUGGAGCCUUCUGGGCUGCAGCCGGCUCUUGCUUACAAACUGUGUGCGCUGGAAAAUGCCUCUGGUUCUGCGGGAGGGCAGAAGGGGCCCGGGGAAGGCCCAAGUGCUCCAUGCAAGGGAAA